CUUUGGAUAUCUCAUUUAAUUAAUGUUGAUUAACACGCAAUAUUUGUCUAUUUGUUUUUGUAUCGCUUUCAUUCGUGUUUUUUCUUCCCUCUUUCACACGCACAGGCCCACGAAACCGUCGACUUCGGAAGCAUUUCAUAACUGAACCUCUCAAGUUUGUGUAUGUAUGCUGACAAGUGAGAAUUCAACCCUUCAAUUUCCUUCUUCAAUUAUUCCCAGGAUUGUUAAGAAGGAAAAAGCAGGAUGAAAGUAGGAUCUAGUAAAGGGGGAAAAGUGUGUCUGAUUGUGACAGGUAUCCUGAUUGCAAUUGUAUUGCUAAUAGUGAUUCUAGCUUUGACAGUGUUCAAAGCUAAACAUCCCGUUACCACAGUAGACUCGAUGAAGCUAGAGGAUGUUGACGUGAAGUUGGAUAUAGCAAAACUAAGGGUAGAUUUGAACGUGACCUUGGACGUGAAUCUCUCGGUGAAGAACCCGAAUAAGGUGGGAUUCAAGUACUCAGACAGCACUGCUCAACUCAACUAUAGAGGACAGCAGAUAGGUGAAGUCCCUAUACCUGCUGGAGAGAUUUCUUCUGAUCAGACCAAGGGAUUCAACCUCACCCUCACCAUUAUGGCAGACCGUUUGCUCUCCAAUUCCCAGCUUUUCUCUGAUGUCACAUCUGGUACAUUGCCCCUGAACACUUUCUCCAGAAUUUCUGGCAAAGUCAGCAUCAUGGGCUUUAUCAAAGUGCAUGUGGUUUCCUAUACAUCUUGUGAUAUUGCAGUUAAUAUUUCCAAUAGAACAGUUGGGAACCAAGAGUGCCAUUACAAGACAAAACUUUGAUUAUUCAUUUUCAGUUUAUGAGUGAACUUUAGUAGGCUAUACAAGUAUUAUUUAAUUUUUAAUUAAUCUGUUCA